AUGCCUCCACUAGAUGGCCGGCCAUGCACUUCGCCGUCUCUGCUGCAACCUCAGUCGCAACCGCAAUCGCCGUCGCCCACCAAGCAGAGCUUUCUGCGCAAGCUGCUGACCCGCUCGGGGAGCUCCCGGAGCUCAAAGUCGUCAGCCUCGUCCGUCUCCGCCGACCAGCAAGCUUCCGCGCCCGUCUCCGGCUCCGGCCUUGUCAAGCGCCUGUCCAGGAGAGUCGUGCCCGGCUUGCCUCGAUCACAGACAUUCAAGCGCCAGCUGUCGGAGAGCAGAGAGCAUCUUGCUCCUGUAGAGCCUUCAGCCGAGGAGCGGAGAGCGGCCUCAGUCGAUAGACGCACUCACUUUCCCCAUAAGCCAGGUCGGCGAAGCUCAAGAUCUCACAUCGACCCUCGUUCCAGUGCGCCCAGCUUCUUUGGUGAGCCGCUUCACGAGACCAACUCAAACUACGCUCAGUCGCUGCCAAUCGACCUUGCCGAAUUGGAGACGGCUGUCUCAAAUUAUUCAGACAGACCGCACGCCCUCACGACCGACAAUGACGGUACCGACGCUGACGAUGCUGACGACGAGUACACCGCUCAGGACGGCGCAUCUGUGGCCGACUCCCGCUCCGUGACGGCGUCUCAGUACGAAGCCAUGAUUCACGACGAGCUCGAAAGGGAAUGGAUUCUCAACUUGAGCAUGCACUUUAGAGAUCGGUCGAAGCGGGAAAAGUUCUUUGUUACAUACCGCGAGCAAGACUACAUGUGGCGCCGCGUCACCAUAUCGCUUGACUAUCGCGAUGCGCCCGAGAACUCUCUCGAGUGGGAGCUCAGCCACACCAAAUACCAGAGAGAUAAGAGCGCCAAGAUAUACGAGGCCAUCCGCGAAAGCCUGCCGGAUAUCCAGUUCUACGACACCGUGACCAACCUGAAGCUUGAAACUACGGACGGGAGAUUACAUGUUCAUGUAGUUGAAGAUGGCAAUGAAAUUAUCCACUACCCGUCCGUCAACCAGAUUCGGCAUUUGGGUUGCAGGAGAGUCAAGGAACGAGACAUCAUUUUCGACUCUCACAUGUCGGGCUUUGUCUACAAGGUCAGCGUCAAUGGCAACAUGUUGAUCAAGAAGGAGAUCCCCAGCCCCGACACCGUCGAGGAGUUUCUCUACGAGGUCAACGCGCUCAACGGCCUGCGUUUCUCAAGGCAUGUCAUUGACUUUUACGGUGUUGUUGUGGAUGACAGUGACGAUCAUGUCAAGGGGCUCCUCAUUAGUUUCGCUGGCCAGGGUGCCCUGAUUGACAUCAUCUUCGAGAACUGCAAGGAAAACAACAUUGGCAUCCCCUGGGACACCAGGGAGAAGUGGGCCAGACAAAUCGUCCAAGGGUUGGCCGAUGUCCACGAGUCGGGUUUUGUCCAGGGAGACUUUACGCUAUCCAACAUUGUCAUUGACGAUGACGGCGAUGCCAAAAUCAUUGACAUUAACAGGCGCGGCUGCCCCGUCGGUUGGGAGCCCCCAGAGGCCACAGCCCUGAUCGAGUCCAACCAGCGUCUCUCCAUGUACAUUGGAGUCAAGUCAGACCUGUACCAGCUCGGCAUGGUGCUUUGGGGACUUGCCAUGCUUGAAGACGAGCCUGAGACGCAAGGCCGACCGCUGAUUCUGGGGCCCGAGAUCAACGUGCCUGACUGGUAUCGACAGAUGACGGAGAUUUGCCUCAGCGACGACCCGCGAAUGAGACUGCAAGCGGCAUCGCUGCUGCGAAUGUUCCCAGGCAUCAUCCCAGGCGACGUGCAAAGCGACGCCUUGCACUCAGAUCAGGAGCCCGUCCGCAUGGACUACGGUGAUGAGGUGCGCGAGUAUUCCUCAGACGGAUACGAAGUCGACUCUCACCCUGCGACGAGGGCGACACGGCCCGCCAACGACUGGGCAUACUCGGGUUCAGCAUAUGCCGACAGCGGGCUCCUCCCCUAUGACCAGCACUAUUCUGCGCGAGGCCGGUCCCCCCCAAGCCCGAUGCCCAGCGACGUGGAC